AUGGUUGUUGACCAUAACCAAUCUAAACUUAAUGAACUUGAUCGUUUCGAUACUGUUUUACGUGAGGAAAUUAAAAUUUUUAAAAACGAAAUAAAAGAAACAUUUUCUAGCAUUGUCAGCAAAGAAGUUAAAUUGAAUGUUGAAGUAAUUAGAAGUGAUGUCAAAUCAAUCCAGAAAACUUUACAAGAAGCUAGUGACGUUAAAGAAAGAGAAAUUAUAAAGUUAGAUUGCGUUUUACUCGGAGACUCAAUAAUGAGAAAUGUAUAUAAAUUCAAGUCGUUAAAAGAAUUUUCACAUGUUGGACUGAACUAUGAUUUAACAAAGGAUCAGAGGCAGGAAUUCAAAUUAUUUGUUGAUAAAGCUAAAGUUAUGGAGCGAGAAGAAAAAAAAUCAAAAUUUUUUGUUUAG